CUCCUCAUAGACAUCUAUGGUCCUCCUCUUGUCGCAUAUUGAUCCAGCUAGCCGAUCGUUAGCUUUGUGUCAGGAUGGUGUCUGUGGCGUGUCACUGUUUGUCCGUAGUUUCUGGCUAAAGGUAUCUGGCAUUUGGUGGCUUUAAUGUUCCGUGCAGCUAAUUUAAAAACCAUCGGCAAAGCGGGAACCGGCUGGCACUUUCGCCGGACGAUGGACGAGCUGGUCCAUGACCUGGUGUCAGCAUUGGAGGAGAGCUCCGAGCAGGCUGCCCGUGGUGGCUUUGGUGAUGGAGGGGACCAUGCACUCGCUGUGGGCUGUUUGCUGAAGAGGCAGGCUCGGAAGCGGAGGGGCAGAAAACGACGCUCAGAUAACCCACACCCGCCUUGGGAGACGGGCCACCUCAGUGAGGGAUCAGAGUCCAGUGUGGAAGAACACAAGGACUACCGUGCCAGUACCGGGGGUGUCUCUGCUGCCAACAGCCAUGCACGUGACAACAGCGACUCGGAUGAACAACUUGGCCCCAAACGGCGCACCCUCCUAACAGCUGACACAGGCCGAAGCAAGCGGCCGCUUUGGCCAGACGACUUGGGUGUCCUGGGGUCCGCAGAGGGGACUCGCAGCCUUCGACGGAGACGUAAGGUCAAACGGAUGGCUGUGGACCCACCUGCGGAACCAGAACCCCCCUCCUGCACCAUGUUGGGGCCCCCACCUGUCCCCAAAGCCCGGGUUGGCGCCAGGCCGCAUAGACUGGGUGUUAGCGAGGGCAGGGGUGCCAUGGAGCUCUGCGGAGGUGGACUGAUGGGGCCAGGGGGAGGGAAGAACAGGGUGAAGAAGAGGAAACUGGCUCCCAACAGGCUUGGGAUGGAGGCUACAGAUGAAGGGGUGGUGGUGGAGAGUGAGGACCCCAUUUCUUCUCCAACUGAGGGGUCCAAGGACAAGAUGGAGUUGGAGGAGCAGAAGGGCUCAGAUGAGGACAUGAGUGACAGGUGUGAAACCAGCAGUGUCAGUAACAGCAGUGAUGGAGGGCUCUACACCAAUGAUGAGGGGAGGCAAGCUGAUGACGAGCAGAGCGACUGGUUCUAUGAGGGCGACCCGGGCUCCAGCUCAGCGCCAGGUGGUGCAUGUGCGAUAGCAGGAGUGGUUCCUUGGUGGGAGAGGGAGACCGGGUCAGAGGAGCUGGACCUGGCUGUAGCUGACCCCGUCUUCAACAGCAUCCUCACUGGAUCCUUCCCCCUCAUGACUCCUGGAGGACAGAGAGGGUUCCAGGCCCGGCUGAGUCGUCUCCAUGGAAACCAGCAGGCGUCUCAGGCGGGGCUGCAGGGCAGCUCCAGCCAAGGCUUCAAUGACAGAUUGGGCAGACAAGCCCAGGACUCCCAUGAGCCUUGGUUCGGCUCGAGGAGAGAACACGGACAGUUGCAUUGGGACCCGCGGUCAGACAGAGGGCACCGGAGAAGCUGCUCAGUGAAAACAGCCAGCAGACAGACCAGCGGGCACCUCGGCUCUCUGUGUACAGGGGAUGUCAAGCGGAGGCGAAAAGCAGCCCCCCUCGGUUCCACCGCCCCCUCAGGAGUGGUGGGGGAGAGCGCGCCUCCCAUCCCUGACACGAACAUGGGGAGCCGCAUGUUGCAGAGCAUGGGCUGGAACCCGGGGAUGGGCCUGGGUCCAGACGGCCGGGGCAUAACCGAGCCCGUCCGGGCGAUUCAGAGACCCAAAGGCACAGGUCUAGGUUUCAACUGAACACCACCUGGUUUCUGGAUCCUGAACCUGCAGCAGACUGGGACACGAUGCCCCGAGAGCUACGAGGAGAGAGGGAGAUGAAAUGCUCCUCGGGGCGAUGAACGAUUAAAAGACGGUCCAGAAUAAUCCAGGCAUGUGGGUCAUAAGAAGGGAAGGAAUGAGGUUGUCCUAGCAACAGUCAGUGAUAAAAGAGAAACUUUCCCAUAUUGGGGAAACUGCGAGAAGCCUGGGCUGUCCACACAGAGAGAGAAUGAUGUGUGAAAGUGAACCAAGCAGGAGAAAAGGGCAUGCUAACGUCCUCUCAAGAAACUCCAUGUUGGAGAAAAUAAAUGACACUGAAGCCUCAUUGUUAGUGUGUUAAGCUGGCAUGCUCCCUCAGCCUUGUUACCUCAGACUCCAUUGUUACUGGCUGCAAGACUGGGGUAAUGAUGACCAUAUCCUGAGCCAAUGAUGACAGUGUGGUUUGUUUUCAGUCAGCGGUAUUGGUUAGUGAAUUAGCGAUAAAUGGUUUUGUCCGAUAUUGCACAAGAAGACUAUUCGAGUAGGCCAUACCUCAAGAUUUAUUUUAGGUUUCUUUUAAGGUAAUGAUGGAAGGGUACACUGUACGAAUUUGUGUUGGAAUAUCUAGAUCUUAUUCCCACCUAUUUUUAUUGUUCAUUUAAUGGGAAAAGUCAUGUCAUCAGAAUGUUUCUAUCUGUCCAAAAAAAGAUAAAAAAAUCAAACUAACAA